GGACGCAGGUCGGCGGAGCUGAAUGCAGCAUUAGAUGUCGGGUUUGCUGCAGUCGAGCGCGGCUUUCUUGAUCUCUCUAUGUCUACUACACUCCCUAUUUCCCAAUUGAUCAACUUAUUCUUGAAGAGUCACGGGCGCACCGUGAAUGGUAUUAAUUACUGGAACUUGUACGCUAACUACUUCAAAGAGCAUAUGCAGAUGGAACUUGCGCGCAUUGGCAGAGAGGCCCCAGCCAAAGGCGGCACGCCCAGUGCAACCGUGCGCACGCAGUGUUACGACAAAUUCAAAGAGGCCUAUCCCGAUUCUUACCAAGACCUCUUGUUCAUGCACGAGGAGGCAUCACUCCUUGGAUCAUCUACUCAAACAAUAGCUCAGCGUGGACAGGGAUUUCAGAAACAUUAUCGAAGAGUAAUACAGAUU